GGUCUUAAUUUUUUAUUAGAAACAUAGGUUUUUAAGGUUAUUGGUAUUGAAUGGGGCGGUUUUCGUUUAUUAGUUUAUUGCAGUAUCCGAGUAAUAGUCUGAGACAGUGCAAACAGUGCCAAAACCACCAUGGAAUUUGAAGACGUUAUUGAAUUGGGGUCUUCAGAUGAAGAACCCGGGCCGCCUCCUCCUAAAAAGAUGAAUGUAAGAAAUGCAAUGGUUCACAUUCCGGCAAACCUCCCUGGAGUGACAAUCAAACCUGUCAAAACAGUAGCGCAACUACCAAAACUGGGGAAAAAUAUAACCAUUACAAAAACAAGUAGCAGUACAGUAGAGAAAUCAAUAAUCCUGAAUCAAAAGCUUGCUGCCGUUAAAAAGAAAGCAGUGGGAAAAAAAGUGGCCCAACCCCCCGCAUCUAAGGGAAAAAUAUUUAACCCACUUAGUCUACCAACAAAUGCUGCCAUCACAAAGUUAAAAACUCCGAUACAGAUAAGAAAACCUCAGCAGAAUAGACCACAACCUCUACAAAGAUUACCACCCAGCAUCACAAUUAAGAAGACAGGGUCAGCAGCAAAGCCUUCUCCAAAUAUGAUUAUGCUUCCCAAACCUGUACUCUCAAAAACAGUUCCAUCAAAAGCUAUUAAUCCAAAAACUAUGCCAAAACACCGGACAAGCCUAAGUAAAAAGAGAAAACUAGAGGUGGUGCAAACAGUUGAACUUGAUGAUGAUGAUGCUUCGACAUCAUCUAAAAGUCCUCAGUGGUAUGUGAGACCAGAAGAACAAAUUGAGAUAUCUAUUCAAGAAGAUAAAAUUGUACCUCAAGAAGAGGCGGCACCUACUCAAGAGGAUAGAAAUAAUAAAGAGCCAGAGGUUCCUAAAUAUAUUGAAAUCACAAUAGAAGAUAGUCCUGUUAAACCAGUAAAAACAAAGCGAACACGGGAACUAAGCACUGAAAAAGUAAUUAUGAUUGACGAUAGCCCCAACAAGGGUAGCGUCGUUGGCGAAGAUGUUGCUGAAGGCAGUGACAAUGAAGCAGACACUGCAAAAAAGGUCCCACAUAGUAAAAAGAAACUAGAUUACCCGAGUGAGCUUGAAACCAUUGAAGAAAUGCAUACAGUUGAAAUUGAAAUUGAACCAAUGGAUCCAUGCACUCCUUUGAAUACAAAUAAUACAAAUUCAAAGGACAGUGACAAAUCAAAUACUAAAGUAAAUAAAGAAAGUAAAAUAAUUUCUUUAACACCAGAAAUUAUGGGAACAGAAAAAACAUCAGUUGAGAUAGCACAAAACAAGCAGGGUACUGUGUCAGUCAAACAAAUCAAGCCUGUACAGCCAAAACAGACGACUCAAGUAGCUCCGAAAAAAGAUGUUGGAUUGCCAAGUGAAUUUCAUCCUAUUUAUCAAAACUUCAUCAGCUUAUGUAUCCAAUUAGAAAACUCCAAUGAUAUGGAAAAGAUAAUUGAAAAAAAGAUUAAGCCUUAUUAUAAGCAGGCACCAAAGGAAUAUACAGAAUCAGAAGAAUUUCUUGAUAUGGUAUCUAGUAAAAUAACAGCUAUGGAGGCUGCCCCUGAAAAAAUGUAUUUGUAUAUCAAAGACAUUGUAGAUGAAUUGAAUUUACAACGAAAGUAUAUGAAACAAGUGCCAGCAGAAGAACCCAAGUCGAAAGACGUGGACAAAGACAGCUUUAUAUAUGGUAAAGAAAAUGAAUUGGAUCCUAACAAGCAGAGGCAGAUUCGGAAAUUAGAAAAGACACUUAAGAAACUAAACCGAGCCAUUCAGAAACUUGAAGCCCAAGAAGUAGACUUUGAUGAUGAAGAAGACUCAGUUUAUUUACUUACUGAAAAGUAUAAAGAAAGAAUGGUAAGAGUGCAUGCCAAGUUUUGUCAACUGACCAACACUAAGCUGCCUUCGCAACCCCGGAUUGUGAUAGACCCCCGGCCGGGACUCUCGGCCGCGCCUGCGAAGCGCCUGGAGGCGUGGAUCAACAAAAAGAAUACCGUAACAUUUCCCGACUUUCACGACGUCUUGCGCUGUGUCCGGGAGGCAAAUGAGAUUGAUAAGCUUGGCUGGAGUGAGGCGUUCAUAAUGGAAGAAGCUAGAGAUCUCUUUGUGCGGUGCGGUAGAAAGCUACAGAGACGCAGACAAGAAAAUGAAUGGCGAUUGGCUACUUCUAGAAUUACCGCUAACAUCGAUCCUGCCGAGCAAAGUGAUGAACUUAAGAAGCAAUUGGAAUCUAAUCGCCGCCUGGCAAACACGAAGGAAACCGAAGUAUUUGAUAAAUUUUGCGUCAGACAAAGUCAGUUAAAACUGGAGGCUGAAGAGAUAGAUGAUAAAGACGCCGAAGAAUCUCCAAUCGAGAGUGAGGAGGAAGAUAACGAUGACGAUUCCUCUCUAGAAAGCAAACAGAGACGAAAAGACAGGCUAAGAAGGCUGCUACAAGAACAAUCCAAAAAGAACAUUCCUAAUAAAGUUCAAUCUGAGGAUAACACAAAAAAAGACGAAGAAUCCGUCAUAGAGUCUGUUGAAAAAAAAGAAGAACCUGAAAGCAAAUCUGAGGUAGUAAAUGAAGACGACAAAAUAAGCUUGAGUGAUGAUAGUAACGGUAUUGGUUCAGACAUGGAUGAACUACACUUGUUACAGAAAUUACAUUCUGACUGUGAGAUACGCACCGUUUCUUCGUCAUCUGAUUCAGAAACCCCUAUAGCUAUUUCGGAUACUUUGGACUCAAGCUCUGACAAUGAACGACCAAAACAACAGCAGCCCACUGACAUAAUAAGUAUAGAAAAUUCAAGUUAUUCUGAUGAUUCUGAUGCUGACAAAAAUGAUGCCUUAAAAAUGAAUAAAAAGUACACAGUGGCGAGUGGAGAUUUAUUGGAGGAAAGUAAAGAAAUUGAAUGUUCCUCUUCAAGUGUUGUGAAAAAUACUCAUCUUACGGAUGCUGCCAUAGAGCAUACAGUCCUUGCGUUAUCUGAUGAUGGGAGCAAUCUUGAUGACAAUACCAAUUCCGGAAAGAGCGAUAACUCGUCAAAACUGUCGCUAAAGGAAGGGCAAAUUUUUGACAAGGAUUAUGACCAAAGUAUUACGCCAGAAAGCGCUGAACUCAGUAUCAAUGAUGUUGCAAAACCAAGCGAUGCUGAAGAUGAACAAAGUACGAAUUCGGAUACAGUUGAGAAUCCUGGAUCAUCUGCUUCAUCUGGACAAUAUGAGGAACUUCUCAAGGAACAUAAUGCUGAUCCCCUUCUAAAACGGCCAGAUUUAAUUCCGCGAGAUCCUUCGGAUGAACUGUUUGAUAGUAUGGUAAUUAAACAUUACAAUGAUCCUCUUGUUAAGAAACAUCUCAAGGGCUCUGAUUCAUCUAAUGGUGAUGAUCCCGAAAAUUCAAACUCUGAUACUCAAUCCACAAAUGCUACUGAAACAGCAGAAGAGGCCAAGAAAGAUUUGAUAGAUACUUCAGUAGACACUGAAGAAUUUCUAAAUUUAAAUUCACCAUCAGUGCAAAUAGUUGAUAAAUUAAUUGAUAAAUUGAAACAGUCUGACGGAUCUCAAAGUAGUGAUGAAAUUCUAAUGAAAAUUGAUCAAGUGAUUGGCUUGAAUGCCGAAGCUAUGUCCCCAGUAACAUUAGAGCUGGAAAAGGCGGUCGGUCUGGCCAGACAAACCAAAGCGUGGCCUAGGUUUAAGGAUGAAUGUUCAUCCCUGAGCUCUGCCGAGGAUGAAAAUACAGGUGAUCAUUCUCAGUCAAUACCGCCGAAUACGAAUAAUUCCAAAAAUGAUGAUGGAAUUGAAAUCGCGCAAUGUGAAGCAAGUCCAGCUACAGAUACAAAAGAUUCUGAAGUUUGUGGGAAUGAAUCUACAAACUGCGCACGUAAAACUGAAGUUAGCACGCAAAGUAUUAAUAUAUCUUCUGAAGUCAAUAGCGCGGGCGCUUCUUGUUCUAGGAGUGUAAACAAAUUGUCGGAUAAAAUGGAUGUCGCACAUAAUGAGUUAGAUUCUACUCUAAAAUCAAAUUGUACUAACAUCUGUAGUCCAGAGGUACCCGAAGUAAUUAAUAUCGCACAUAGUGAGCAAGCUAUUCAUGAAGAAUUAGUAGAUUCCGUUGCCUGUACUUCCAACACCGCAAAAUAUGCACCUGCUGACUCUAACAUUGCAGAUAUUGAGAUGGCUUCUAUUGAAGAAAAUAUUGAACGUUAUGAAUCUACUAAUGAAAUAUCUGAGGCAAUGGAGAUUGGGACAGAUUUCACAGAAGAAAAAGACAUUGAACAGGCAAAAGAAACAAAGUGUGAUGAACUUAUAAAUAAUGUAGCAUCCCUAACAAACGAAGAUCUGCCAUCUAAAAAAAAUUGGGAGCUUGAUAACAUGUCUGAAUUUGUUAAUCCUAAUAUAGUCCCCGAAGAAAACUCAGGUGAAGCCGGAGGCUCUCCGAUGAAGAUUUGGAAUUCCGACAAUGGACCUGAAAGUAGUAUUGGCAAUGGAAGUGAAGUGAAUGGAAAUUUAAAUAUUGCUAUGGAUAUUACAGACUUACUUGAUAGUGAUACUAGUUUAUGUCCAAAAAUUGGAGAUAAUUUAGACCUGGAUCAUUUGAAUGAGCUAGAGUCUGCAGAAAAAGGAGAGUGUGAGGAAAAAUCAGUCCCUAGAACUAUUUCUAGUAUGUGUUUGCAAAGUACUGAGAGUAAUAAUUAAAUCUGAUAAUUUUAAGUAUAGAUAUAAUAUACUAGUAUGAUUGCAUUUACUAAAUUCAGAGAUACAUAUGAUGCAAGGUUACUCUUAAGAAUGUUUUAUAUGAUUUAGCUUUCGAGUUAAACAUUAAGGCCUCAUUUAGACGAUGCGAGAACUCGGAUGCGAGUUUCAUUACAUUGCGGUUUUUGAUCGGUCGGUUGCAUAGGACGUAACCAACAGUCCGCAAUGUAACUAAAAUCGCAUGCGAGUUCGCGCGCCGUCUAAAUCAGCCCUAAGUGACAGUGUUUGUUAUAUGCAAUUUUCUGGUCAUCGAAUGAGUUUAAGCCGUGCCGCCAGAUCCCCGUAUUUAAAAAACAUGCAAAAAACA